AUGGCCUCGGAAGGGGACAUGUCCAGUGCGGAGGACAGGGUCUUGUCAGUAUCUGCAUCGGCUUCCAAGAGUUCGAACCCGAAGUCCAGGACGAAGCCCAUAGCAUAUAUCGAUGAUCUCAUAGCCGAGAACCAGCGCCUCAAGAGCCAAAAUGCCGGGCCUCGACAUGCCGACACUCAUGCUCAAGCCACUGCCAUCCUCCCUGAUAUCCCCGCCGUGCCAGCAAAAGACAUCGUGGACAAUGGCAUUGCUGUCCCAGCCCCGUCACUUGACCAACGUCCAUGGUUCUUUGAUAUGAACAUCCCACACACCCCCAUUCUCAUUGGCGAGGCAUCAGAUGCAGCAUUUGCUACUCGAUUUCGACAAGCAAUAGCAACUGGAGAUCAUAGCCACAUACCCAGAGUUAACUAUGCAACUGAUGAACGACUAUUGGCGUUGUCUGACGUCGACUGCCCGUGGCCUAGUCCUGCAAGGGCUCGCUUCCUGGUUGGCGUUGCCUUGAGAUAUGUGAGUCGAUGCUAUCACAUCAUCCGCAAGAGUCUCAUCUUGGACGGACUAGAGCAGACACUUCAGAAUCCAUCAGAAAGUGACACUCUUUUGAAGAGUAAGCUCUGGGCAUUAUUCGCUAUCGGCGCCAUGUAUUCAACACGCUCAGCGACAUCCGAGCGAGACUUCCCCGGGAUGGGCUACUUUGCAAGAGCCACAAGAGUGCUUCGUAUCGUCAGUGAGAGGCCCCGGAUUGACGUAGUUGAGCUUAGACUCUUGCUUUCAUUCUACUCGUUGGCACUCAAUCGUCGACAUACUGCCUACACCUUCGCUGGCUCAGCAACGAGACUUGCCGUCGUCAUGGGUUUGCACCUCAACGUCCCCGAGUCCCAGCUGCGAGACGUCGCCGCCCGGGAACAUAGAAACCGGGUGUUCUGGACAGCAUACAUAUUCGACCGAAUGUGGGCAUCGAAGCUGGGUCACCCCGUCUGCGUCCAGGAUGUCGAUAUCGAGGUUGAUCUUCCAUCUAACCCUACGGUUGACGAAAGUAUCGCGGAUGAUUUUGCGGAUGCAUCAUACUUCGUCGCCAGUGUCAAGCUCGCGCGGGUUCUUGCUAAAAUUGUGCCAUUGAUCUAUCGCAGGCGGAACCAGCAGAUGUCGCUAUCCCACCGGGUACAGGAAGCGUUGAACGACCUCCGUGGUUGGGUUGAGGAAUUGCCACCUCAGCUUCACAUCGACCACAAGGUCACAUCAGAGAGAAUGCAGAAACCAAUCUCGCUUCAUUUGAACUUCAAUCAAUACCUCUUCUCGGCCUCCACCAUUCUCGCCAUAUCAAGUCUUCUCAACGGCAAAGAAAGUCAAAACGAUCGAGAACAGUUCGAAGAAGCGGCGCAAUUCCUCUUCCAGCUGAGAGACAACGGUAACUUUGCUGCCGGAGAAUUCUGUCAACACAUUGAUGCUAUGAAAGCAAUGAUGGCUGCGGCUCAUGCUCGCCGUGGCGGAUACUCGGUGGCAGGGGACGCUUCUACGCUCCUUGGCGAUGCAACGGCGACUUUUGGCGAUGCGAUGAACAUUGCACAGCCCUUCACAGCCCAGAAUACCACCGCCGGCAUGGCGCUUGCGGAACCUUCUUUACAGGAGCUGCUGGCACAGCCCAUCUUGGAUCUACAAUUCAUCGACGCAUCUAUCUAUAACGAUGGUGCGCAAGGGCUGUAUUGGCCAGAUAUAAGUCCAGAGACUUGGACGCCGGACUGGACUGCAGCUUAA